GAACUGAGGAGGCAGACUGUCUUCCCUCUGUCUCCUCUGAAGGGUUCUUCUCUGAAGGGGUUAGUGUGUGAAGGCUCUAGCCUGCUGCUUCUAAUGUGGCUCCCUCUGAGGAAGAACGUCCCGAACAACAUGACCUUGUUUCACCAGGACCCUCACAUCUCAACCUCCACGUGUGUCAGUUAUUUUAGUCACUGCCCUACUUGUACAUUUUGUUUAAAAAAAUUGUGCAAGGUGUGUUCACUGUUCCAUGAAGUUGAUGUGUUCUCAGUUGUUUGAUUUAAUUUAGUUGUCAGACACUUCCACCCAAAUGCGCGAAGAGUCUGGUGGGCCAACGCGUCAAACUGUGGUCAGAGGGAGCUGGGGUGCAGACGAUGGAGGUGUUUGGUGUGGAGAGGACAGUGGAGGACAUCCCAGCCACUUGGCAGUGUUGGCACUGCUACUUCUUACAUGACGGGUAAGUGGACAUCACUUCUACUUAUACAUUCAAUCAAUCAAAAGUGUAUAUAUGGCCUUUUUCUUUUUACAUCAGCAGUUGUCACAAAGUGCUUUUACAGUAACCUGGCCUACACCAGGGGAACCUGGGACAUACAGGGCACCACUGCUCCUGCAAUCUCUUUCUCCCUGUGUGAUCUUGUUCCUGUUUAGACACCUGGCCAGCCAUCAACAUGAGGCUCCUGCUGCUCCCGCCCCAAAUACACACAGGUACACAGACACACUAUUAGGAAAGUUCCCCUAUUUCAUGUUUGUGUGUCAGAGGUGAGGGAUGAUAAGCCAGUGUUUGAGAAGAGGCGUCUGGUGUGGGAGGAGUACAUGCAGAUGCACUCCAAGUUCCUGGACAGAAAGGUAGUCUUUCCCUACACCCUACCAUUACCUCCUACUCUCACCCAGCCCCUUACUCUUAAACCACUAACCCCUAAGUUUCCCACAUGACCUGUGUGUUACAGGAGGAGUUGAAGGUGGAGCAUGCCUCGUACCUGCGGAAGCACCCGGCGAUCCGCGGCAUGAUGGCUGACUUCUUUGCAGUUCCUGUUACUUCAGAAACCGAGCAACACCCUCAAACUUCGCCUCCCACCGACCCCCGAGGGGCACCUUCAACACCUCACCUUGAUGACACGCUGUGGCUGCAU